CUGGGUUAAACUGGCACUUAAAAAGAAGCUCGCGUUGGCUGCUGUGCAUUUCACCAGCAACCAGGCGGGGACAUACAGCUCUCUUCACAGAGGAAAGUGUAUCUUAGCUGAUCCUUAGAACUCCACCAUCUUAAGUCUUUCUCCUUCACCCUGUCUCUGGAGGGAGCGAGCCAUGGGCACUGGUGUGGACAGGUUUCUGUGGUCUGUGCUGCUGCUGCUGCCAGCCUUGGGACUCUGCGGGGCUCUGCCAGCAGACUGGCUGCCAGGGGAUUAUGUGGACAGUGUGGAUGAUGCACUGAGGUUCCUCAAUGACUACAACAGCACGGCUGAGGAGGUGUUAUUCCACAGCGUCACUGCCAGCUGGAACUACAACACCAACAUCACAGAUCACAACUCCAUGCUUCAGGUAAAUGCGUCCCUUGAAGAGCAAGCAUUUUCUGAAGCCUGGGGGAUGAAGGCCAAGAAUACCUUCACUGACGCAACUAUCAACAAACUAACAGACCCAAAAGACAGGACACUGAUGGGAAAGAUCAAGAUACUGGGACCUGCCAACCUGCCCGAGGAAGAGAGAAAGAAGUAUAACACCAUUCUCAGCACGAUGGACAGUAUUUAUUCAACAGCCAAGGUGCAUCCACAGCCAAACAUAAGCUGGAGCCUGGAACCUCAUCUCACAAAUAUUAUGGCCAAUUCCAGGAGCUACAAGAAACUGCUAUACGCCUGGGAGGGCUGGCACAAUGCAUCUGGUGUCCCUCUCAAGAAGCACUACCCUGGGUUUGUGGAGCUUAGCAACAAAGCCUCCAAAGCUGAUGGAUUUGCUGACACUGGAGCUGACUGGCGGUCUUGGUAUGAUACUCCGACAUUUGAAGCCGAUUUAGAAGAUCUUUAUAAGACCAUUGAGCCACUCUACAAAAACCUGCAUGCCUUUGUGAGGCGCCAGCUCUACAACCAGUACGGUUCCAAAUACAUCAACCUUAAUGGACCUAUCCCGGCUCACCUGCUAGGAAACAUGUGGGCCCAGACCUGGAACAAUAUUUAUGGUUUGAUGAUCCCAUUUCCUGAAAAACCCAACUUGGAUGUGACUGAUGAAAUGGUCAAACAAGGCUACAAUGCCACGCACAUGUUCCGCGUGGCGGAGGAGUUCUUCACCUCUCUGGGUUUGAAGGAGAUGCCUACAGAGUUCUGGGAAGAGUCUAUGCUCGAGAAGCCCGAGGGUCGAGAGGUGGUGUGUCAUGCAUCUGCCUGGGACUUUUACAACCGCAAAGAUUUCAGGAUCAAGCAGUGCACCACAGUGACGAUGGAGCAGCUCUUUACUGUGCACCAUGAGAUGGGGCAUAUCCAGUAUUACCUGCAGUACAAAGACAAGCCUGUGGGCUUCCGUCGCGGUGCCAACCCCGGUUUUCACGAGGCUAUCGGGGAUGUGUUGUCUCUGUCAGUUUCCACUCCCAAACAUCUGAAAACCAUCAAUCUGCUGGAAUCUGCGACCUCUGACCCUGAAACUGAUCUCAAUUACCUGCUGAAGAUGGCUCUGGAGAAGAUUGCCUUCCUUCCCUUUGGCUACCUCAUCGACCAGUGGAGGUGGGGUGUGUUCAGUGGAAACACUCCUCCAGAGCGGUACAACUCUGAUUGGUGGUACCUCAGGACGAAGUAUCAAGGCAUCUGCCCACCCACCAGACGUACAGCUGAUCACUUUGAUCCCGGGGCAAAAUACCACAUUCCUGGAAACACACCGUACAUCAGGUAUUUUGUCAGCUUCAUCCUGCAGUUCCAGUUCCAUGAAAAACUCUGUGAAGCAGCCAAACACACUGGUGCUCUGCACACAUGUGACAUCUACCGCUCCAAAGAAGCAGGCGCCAUUUUACAGAAGGUUCUCCAGGCUGGCUCAUCUAAAGCUUGGCCUGACGUGCUCCAGGAGGCUAUAGGCACCAGAAAGAUGGAUGCUGGCUCACUGAUGAGAUACUUUGCCCCCAUUAUUGAGUGGCUAGAGAAGCAGAAUGAAAAUGAGACUUUGGGAUGGCCUGACUUCAACUGGGUCCCACCCAUCCCUGAAGGCUACCCUGAGGAUAUUGACAAGAACACGGAUGAGCUUGAUGCAAAGACCUUUCUGGAGGAGUACAACAGUACAGCUGAGGAGGUGUGGAACGCCUACACUGAGGCCUCCUGGAAGUACAACACUGACAUCAAUGACGCCAAUAAGAAGGAGAUGCUUGAGAAGAACCUGGCGAUGGCAGACCAUUCCUUGAAGUACGGACAGAGGGCGCGUCAGUAUGACACCACCGACUUCCAGGACGCCUCUGUCAAACGAAUCAUAAACAAACUCAGUGACAUCGAGCGUGCCGCGCUGCCUUCAGCACAGCUGGAAGAGUACAACAAUCUCCUGUCCAACAUGGAGACCAAGUACAGCGUGGCGGAGGUCUGCAGAGAAGAUGGCACCUGCCACCCACUGGAUCCAGACCUCCAGAAGAUCAUGGCUGAGUCCAGGGAUUAUGAUGAAUUGUUAUUUGCCUGGAAAGGCUGGAGAGACGCUGCUGGAAAAGAAAUUCGUCAGGAUUUCAAGAGAUAUGUUGAAUUGGCCAAUCAAGCAGCCAAACUCAAUGGUCACUCUGACAAUGGUGCUUUCUGGCGCUCCCUGUAUGAGACCCCGACCUUUGAGGAAGACCUGGAGACUCUAUGGAAGGAGCUGGAGCCACUCUAUCAAAAUGUGCAUGCUUAUGUGCGCAGGGCUUUGUACAAAAAGUAUGGCUCCAAGUACAUCAAUCUGAAGGGACCCAUUCCUGCUCAUUUGCUGGGCAACAUGUGGGCACAGACCUGGUCUGGCAUCAUGGAUUUGGUUAUGCCCUAUCCAGAUGCAACGCAGGUUGACGCAACGCCAGCAAUGGUGGCAAAGGGGUGGAAUGCCCUCAAGAUGUUUGAGGAGUCGGACAAAUUUUUCACCUCUCUUGGUUUGAUACCAAUGCCAAGUGAGUUCUGGGAAAAGUCAAUGCUGGAAAAGCCAUCUGAUGGACGCAAGGUGGUCUGCCACGCCUCGGCAUGGGACUUCUAUAACCGAAAAGACUUCAGGAUCAAACAGUGCACUGUGGUAACCAUGGAUGACCUGAUCACCGUGCACCACGAGAUGGGCCACGUCCAGUACUUCCUGCAGUAUAAAGACCAGCCUGUGUCGUUCCGCGAUGGAGCCAAUCCCGGAUUCCACGAGGCCAUCGGCGAUGUUCUGGCUCUUUCUGUGGCCACACCCAAACAUCUGCAGAGCAUCGGCCUCCUGGAUAAAGUUGAGAGCAACUACGAGAGUGACAUCAACUUCUUGAUGAACAUGGCGCUUGAUAAGAUAGCUUUCCUACCAUUUGGUUACCUUAUGGACCAGUGGAGAUGGAAGGUAUUUGAUGGACGCAUCCCUCCGACUGAAUACAGCAAGGAGUGGUGGAACCUCAGGAUGAAAUACCAGGGACUGUGUCCACCUGUAACCCGCACUGAAGAUGACUUUGAUCCCGGUGCAAAGUUCCACAUUCCUGCUAACGUGCCCUAUGUCCGGUACUUUGUCAGCUUCAUCGUUCAGUUCCAGUUCCACAAGGCUUUGUGUGAUGCUGCCAAACAUACAGGGCCUCUCCAUACCUGUGAUAUUUACCAAUCGAAAGAUGCUGGGAAGCUUCUCGGUGACUUGAUGAAGCUGGGUUUCAGCAAACCCUGGCCCGAGGCAAUGAGCAUGAUCACCGGCCAGCCCAACAUGACUGCCCAGCCACUCAUGGAGUAUUUCAAACCUCUCAUCGAAUGGCUGGAGAAAGAGAACGACAAUAACAAGGACGUUCGUGGGUGGCCCGAGUACGACUGGAGGCCUUCGGCGGAUGAAGUCAAAAUAGAAGAACCCAAACCAACCACAGUGGACUUCCUGGGUAUGAAUGUGAACAGCUCAGCUGCCGUCGCCGGCCAGUGGGUGCUGCUGGUGAUUGGCCUCGUCCUCUUGCUCGCCACCAUCCUACUCGCCUACAAGUACAGGAAGUCAAAAAAGUCUAAAAAGUCCAAUUCCAUGAUGGAGCUCAAGUGAAGUGACUCGUCGUCGGUGGCGGCUUGAGUAAAUCCUGACUUACUGUAACCAUAACAGUACCAACCUCAAUGUGAACAUGUGUGUUUUGUGUACUGUACAUGUAUACAUGAUCCAAUUUGUUUUUCCUUGUGGUCUGCCUCCCUCUCUCGUCUUGUAUAUAUAUUAUAUACACUUGAAGUCGAAUUGUGUUUUGCCUAUGCAAGAGAACAUUACUAUUUUGUAAUUUAUUUGUAAUAUUUGAAUGUUUUCAAAUGAAUGUAAAGUUGAUAAUAAUUGUAUUCAGAUUGUUUUUGUUGAAUCCCCUCUGCAUUUCUACAAUAAAGAGAUGAAAUAUUGA